AUGUUCGCCCUUCUGCCUCUCCUCCCCUUGUUUUCUCUAGCCCUGUCUAUUUCUCCCUCUGUUGCGCUCAAUUCGCAUCGCUCGUUAAAUUCGGAUGUUGUCCUCAAGCAUAAACGCGUCGCAAGUAACCUCAGCAAUAGGACUCUCCUGGUCGGUGACGAUCCCGCGGAGUUGGUAAAGCGGGAUGGAACAAAAUACGUGUUCAUGCAUCAUCAAUUGCCUAUAGAUCGUUGGCAGUGCGUACAGCCUUUUUUCCCCGUGAUCCCGCUCAUUCCUCUUCCCGCCUGGUCCAUCAUAAUCCCCAUCACAUCGUUUUUCGUUAAAAAAGACACAUACCCUUAUACCCAAGCCGACUGGGCUGAUGACAUCCAAAAAAUCUCAUCCAAAGGCGUUGACGCCCUUGCUCUGAACAUCGGCUUUGACAGCUGGCAACCUGCCCAAGUUGCCUCUGCUUACGCUGCGGCCGUUGGGACCAAUUUCAAGCUCUUCAUUUCUUUCGAUUUUACAGAGAUCGCAUGUGACGUCAACAGCGUUGCCAACUGGGUCAACCAAUAUGCGAACCAUCCCAACCAGUUCAAGAUCAACGGCAAACCCUUCAUCUCCAGCUUUUCUGGAGAUUGCCUGGGAAAUGCUGGCUGGGCUAAUUUGAAAGCCAUGACCAAUGGUUAUGUUAUGCCUUUUAUCUGGGGUCUAGAAGGCAAUUUUAACAAUUGGCCGGCGUUGGAUUCGUGGUAUUGCUGGGGCUGUGCUUGGCCAGAAGGCAACUACGAUAAAACUUCCGCCGACGACCAGUACUAUAUAAACCAGCUCGGCACCAGAUAUGCUACCACCGUCAGCGGCUGGAUGUUCGCUCAUGACGCGGGCAAGAAUUUCUACCAGCGAGGAGAUGAUUGGCUUAUCAACAACCGCUGGGAGCAGAUUGUCGGUAUGAGAAACCAGCUCACCUUUGUUGAGAUGGUAACUUGGAACGAUUACGGAGAAUCCGAUUACUUCGGUCCGCUUAAGGGAGCUCCGCCGGCUUCAACAUACUGGGCAGCCAACUAUCCCCACACUGCAUGGUUCGACAUGUCAGCCUACUACAUUCAGGCCUUCAAAACUGGCAGCUACCCCGCUAUUACUCAAGACGUUAUUUACUACUGGUCCCGCCCUCAUCCUAAGGGAGCUACCGCCUCUGCAGACCAAUUUGGCAAACCUAGCGGAUGGGAUUGGUCUUUGGACUUUGUUUGGGCGGCAGUGUUCGCUACGGCUCCCGCCACCGUUACUUUGCAAGUCGGAGGCAAUUCCCAGACGUUCAGCGUCACUGCUGGAGUCAACAAGCUCCAACUGCCCAUGACAACAGGGCAGAUUACCGUUACCAUGGUCAGGGGAGGGCAAACGAUAAUCAGCAAGACGGAUACUAACUUGAACAUCAUUUCUAACCCCACCCAAUACAACUACAACGCUUAUGUUGGUUCUGCGACCGCGACCGGCGGCGGCGGUGGAGGCGGUGGAGCAACAACAACAACGACGACAUCACCUACGACGUCAACUACUGCCUCCGCACCAGCAAACACAUUCGCCACAACCACUUGGACCAGCGCGGGAUGUUACGUCGACAGUGCUGAUCGCAUGCUUCGCGGUUCAUCGACCACUCAAGCUGGCAUGACUGUUGAAAAGUGCACUGGACUCUGUUUCAAGCAGAAAUACAGAAUUGCAGCGCUUGAGUAUGGCACACAGUGUUACUGUGGAGCGCAGAUGUUCACUACCAACGGGGCGGGCGUUAAAGCCGCUUCCACUGAUUGUAAUAUGCCUUGCGAUGGCAACGCAGCGGAGACUUGUGGCGGAGGAUGGCGCGCCAAUGUGUAUACACUGCCUGGGACUGUUCUCACCAAACGGAAGCUGCGCUUACUGUCAUGA